CAACCACUUUCCACUCUCCUUUAAACCCCCAUCUUCCCCUCCUCUUUUCCCUGCCUUUCUUUCUCUCCUUCUCUCGUUUCCCUCCACCGCCAACCACCGACCGCCACCACCAUCUCCGCCCUCCCAAAAAACCCCAUUUCCAUGGAUCCCGUCGAAGUCUGGGGCAACACCUCCUUGAACGAAGUGGAUCCCGAGAUCCAUGACCUCAUCGAGAAAGAAAAACGCCGCCAAUGCAGCGGGAUCGAACUAAUCGCCUCCGAGAAUUUCACUUCCUUCGCCGUCAUCGAGGCCCUCGGCAGCGCCCUCACCAACAAGUACUCCGAGGGUAUGCCCGGGAACCGAUACUACGGUGGGAAUGAAUACAUUGAUGAGAUCGAGAACUUGACCCGAUCUCGUGCCCUGCAAGCUUACCGGCUUGACCCAACCAAAUGGGGUGUCAAUGUGCAGCCUUAUUCCGGCUCUCCGGCCAAUUUCGCUGCCUACACCGCUGUGCUUCAGCCUCAUGACAGGAUCAUGGGGUUGGAUUUGCCUUCCGGUGGGCAUUUGACACACGGGUACUAUACCUCCGGUGGGAAGAAGAUUAGUGCCACCUCGAUCUAUUUUGAGAGUCUCCCGUAUAAGGUGGAUCCCGCUACGGGUUACAUUGAUUAUGUGAGAUUGGAAGAGAAAGCUUUGGAUUUCAGGCCUAAAAUGAUUAUCUGUGGUGGAAGUGCUUAUCCCAGGGAUUGGGAUUACAAGAAGCUUAGAGAAGUUGCUGACAAAGUUGGUGCCCUCUUGCUCUGCGAUAUGGCUCACAUUAGUGGCCUUGUUGCUGCUCAGGAAGCUGCAAGUCCUUUCGAAUACUGUGACUUGGUCACAACUACCACCCAUAAGAGUUUGAGGGGGCCUAGAGCUGGUAUGAUCUUCUACAGGAAGGGUCCCAAGCCAGCAAAGAAGGGACAGCCUGAGGAUGCAGUUUAUGACUUUGAGGACAAGAUCAACUUUGCUGUUUUCCCUUCCCUCCAGGGUGGUCCUCACAACCACCAGAUUGGUGCUCUGGCUGUGGCUUUGAAGCAGGCCAUGACUCCAGGUUUCAAGGCUUAUGCACAGCAAGUUAAGGCAAACGCUGUAGCCGUUGGAAAGUACCUGAUGAGCAAAGGGUACAAGCUUGUCACAGGCGGAACUGAGAAUCACCUUGUUCUGUGGGAUCUUCGCCCUCUUGGCUUGACUGGUAACAGCAUUUAACCUUUUUCUUUUUGUUUUUUCCACUUUAUAACCUUUUUCCACUUGAUUACCAAUGAAUUGUUUUAAUUGAUGCAGGUAACAAGGUGGAGAAACUCUGUGACUUGUGCAACAUUACCGUUAACAAGAAUGCUGUGUUUGGUGACAGCAGUGCUUUGGCCCCUGGUGGAGUUCGCAUUGGUAAUCAAACGGAGAAUCUUUGUAUUUCUAGACUUUUACCUGUCAAUAUUUAUUACUUUUGAAUUUCUAUUUUUGGAUUAAAACCUGAUCAAAGACUAAUUUGGGUAGCAAAGGUAGAUGAUUGUGUAUUCAUGUUUAGAACUAAUUGAGUUAGUUGUAUAUGGUCAAGUUGGUGAGAAGUUAAGAAUCCUGCGUCGGCGUUGAAAUGAAAUAUUUUUUGGCUUCCUGGAAAUUCUUGGCAUAUAGCUAGGUAGGGUGUGUUUUGAGUUGGAGUUAAUUUGGUAAUCACUAGGCUUUUGAAGUAAAUGUAAAGAAAUGGAACCAUGUGGUGGUGGAGCAGGGGAUCAAUGAUUAAAGAUUGUGUCCACUGAGAUGAGUGAAGAUUACCUUAACAUUCUCGUGGUCCACGUUUGUUUCCUUUCAUUUGGGAUUUGAAUCAGUCAUCUCUACAUAUUUUAUGCCCUUAGGCUCAGCUAUGCCUAAUAGGAAUUAAGAUAGCUCUCUGGCUCAAAGUAUUAGUCUGAAUUAUACUAUAAUUCCAUGCCUAUGGAGCAAGUCACUAAAUUGUUAUUUUUUCUCAGGUACUCCGGCAAUGACAUCGAGGGGUUUGGUUGAGAAAGACUUUGAGCAGAUUGGAGAGUUCCUCCACAGGGCUGUGUCCCUCUGUUUGAAGAUCCAAAAGGAGCAUGGAAAGCUUUUGAAGGACUUCAAUAAGGGGUUGGUUAACAACAAAGACAUUGAGGAACUUAAGGCAGAUGUUGAGAAGUUCUCAACCUCUUUCGGCAUGCCCGGGUUCAAGAUGUCUGAAAUGAAGUACAAGAUAUAAGUCCGACACAUGAUUUCUUUAUUCCUCGCGGUUCCUUAUGUAUUUCCGGUGCUUGAUUUACAAAUUUUUCCCCCUUCUUAAUCUUCAAGUUUGUUAUAUUGCUCAGGACCAAUAAUGUGAUGUCCGCAGUGAAGCAUUUCAUUUUAAUUAGAAGCGUAGUUACACUUGGUGUAUUAACUUCAAAAAGUUGUAGAAGCAUCAGGUACAUUUACCGGAAAUUGAAUCUGAAAAGUUUAUUCCUUUUACGUAAACCACUUAAGAGAGCAUUCUUUACAAUUGUAAUAUAACCUCUCUUCGCGCACCUUUUCACCAUGGGGCAACUGUUAUCAGUGAAAGAGUGUGAAAUCAUUUGCUCCCUCCGUUCCAUAAUUAUUAUCCAG